AUGAAACUGAGGUUUGUAGACUCUUUCCGUUUCUUGGCAAGUUCUCUAGAUAAAUUAUCUGAAACAUUAAAAUCAGAUCAGUGUAAGGAAGUAAGGAAACAUUUUCCUAAUGAAAAAGAAUUUAGAUUGAUUAGACGGAAAGGUGUUUUCCCUUAUACAUAUGUAGAAAGUUUUGAGAAAUUAAACGAAACUUGGCUACCAAGUAAAGAAUGCUUUUACGAUAAUUUAAAAGGAGAACCGAUUUCUGACGAAGACUAUAGACGAGCUUCUGAAGUGUGGACAAUUUUUAAAUGUACUACACUUGGUUCUUAUUCCGAUGUAUACUUAAAAUCGGAUGUUCUUUUAUUGGCAGAUAUCUUUGAAAAUUUUAGGAAAGUUUGUCUAAACCAAUACAAUUUAGAUCCAGCUCAUUACUUAACAGCGCCUUCUCUAAGUUGGGAUGCUAUGCUAAGAUAUACAAAAAUAGAGCUUGAGCUUUUGACAGAUAUCGAUAUGGUUCAUUUUUUCAAGAAAGCGAUUCGCGGCGGAGUGAGUCAAUGUUCGAAGAGAAAAGUUGUUGCUAAUAACCCAUUUGUGGCAAAUUAUGAUCCUUUACAACCAAAUGCUUAUAUUAUGUACUUAGAUGCAACCAACUUAUAUGGAGCUGCCAUGAGUAACUAUCUUCCUACAGGUGGAUUCAAAUGGCUAGAAAACUGUGAUAAUUUUGAUUGUUGUGCAAUAGCAGAUGAUUCGUUCAAAGGAUAUGUGUUAGAAGUAGAUUUAGAUUAUCCACCCAACUUACAUAAUAUUCAUAAUGACCUGCCGUUUUGCCCCGAACCGAUAAAGACUUCAAAUAGUCAAUACACAAAACUUAUGCCAAAUCUUUACGAUAAAAAAAAGUACAUCAUUCACUACCGUAAUUUAAAGCAAUGUCUUAAAAAUGGUUUACAGUUAGUGAAAAUACACAGGGUGUUAGAAUUUUUCCAAUCUCCAUGGUUAAAAACUUAUAUUGAUUUAAAUACAAAUCUUCGUAAUUCGUCCAAAACCGAGUUUGAGAGAGAUUUGUUUAAGCUCUUAGUUAACUCUAUCUUCGGAAAGACUAUGGAGAAUGUAGAUAAGAGACAAGAUAUCCGCCUAUUAAGUCAUUGGGAAAAUAUGAAGCAACUUAGGGGCGUAAAGUCAUAUAUCGAUAAACCUAAUUUCAAGACAUGUUCAAUUUUUGAAGAAAAUUUAGUAGCUGUUCAUAUGGAGCGACUAAGAGUUGUGUAUGAUAAGCCUCUUUAUGUAGGCUUUUGCAUACUUGAUCUAUCCAAAACGGUAAUAUAUCAGUUUUUUUACGAUUACAUCAAACCAAUGUAUAAAGACGACGUAACAUUAUGUUAUACAGACACAGACUCACUUAUAUUAGAAAUUAAUACAGAUAAUGUUUACAAUGAUAUUAAGAACAAUAUAUCAUACUUUGAUACAUCCAAUUAUCCAAUUGACAAUAUUCACGGUAUUCCCAAAACUCAAUCAGUUAUCGGAAAAAUGAAAGAUGAAUUCAAAGGUGUUCCUGUUGAAAGUUUUAUUGGGACGGGCGCAAAAGCUUACUGUGUUAAGUUAUCAAAUUCUAACCUACUGAAAAAAGCAAAAGGUAUUUCAAAAAAUGUAAUCAAACAUCAGCUUCAAUUAUCGGAUUAUAUUCAAGUUAUAAAAGAUAAAAAAUCAAUUCAUAGAAAAAUGUAUGUUUUCUCGUCUCACUCACACACUAUAUAUACAGAAUUAAAAAAUAAAAUAUCAUUAUCAUCAUCAGACGAUAAAAGAGUAAUUUUACCAGAUAAUGUUCACACCUUAGCUUUAGGCCAUUUUCUCACUAGGAGAAAUUUACAGGGAGAUUGA